AUGACGUUACAACUUUCCAAAUACUAUCGUAGAUGGGUAGAUGAAGUGAGACGGACUCUUGGCGCCAUUCUAGCCUGCUUCUGGUCCCUUGGUCUGAAUCUGGAUUGCUGGGCUGGUGCGGUGAAGUCGGUGAUGUUGGCGGUGGAUGGGUCAGAUGGUGGUGCUUUGAGGCGGUGGAAUGGAGGAAUUGGGUAA